AUGGUUGAGGAGCAAUUCCCCGAUACAACACUCCUGCGGAAGGAUAUCUAUAAUGCCCGUUCGUUCAUUAACCGAGAGAAGCUAAAUGGCUAUACACCUACUGCGGCAUUGAUCAAACUCUUUGAUGAGAAGAAGAUCCCAUACAUCGCGAAAUGGGCCGAUGAUGAUCCAGAUAGACUGCUUGGUCUUGUCUGGACCUUUCCGUACUGUCUACAGAUGUGGAAGCGCUUCCCCGAGGUUAUUAGCUUUGAUAACACAUAUAACACUAAUCGCUUCAAGCUUCCUUUAUUCCAGGCUACUGGCCAAACCUGUCUUGGAACUGUGUUCAAUGCUGCAUUUGGCUUAAUAGAUAACGAGAGGAGGGAGGGGUUCCAAUUCCUUGCAGAGAGUGUUCGCAAGCUCAUUACAAAACACUCACUCAGGGAACCAGAUGUCAUCAUCACAGACUUCGACAAGGCUAUGAAAGCUGCCGUUAAUGAUCAGUUUCCAAAUGCACAGCAACAGCUUUGUAUUCAUCAUAUCCUUUCAAACGUUUUGCUUAAAUCGAAGACUAGGUGGACGGGCCAACGUGAGGACAGUACUACUAGCCCUAGCGCUAGUGACAGUGAAGACAUUCCCUCACAGGCGGAUGGCGGGUUGAGCACUACAGAUAAGCAUCUGAUCGAAGAUCGGUCGAGUAGUGAUAAGAUUCCUCAUACUUACCAAGGCGUUGUUUUAAUGUGGAAAAAGGUUCUCUAUGCCGAGACUGAGGAAGCGUUUGAGCAGGCAUGGAGAGAUCUUUGUAAAGAGUUCGACGACCAACGAGCGAUCUUACAAUACCUCUACUCGACUUAUAUGCCUGUUAGUGCUCAAUGGGCACGUUGCUUUAUCCGUCGUUAUCGUAACUUCGGAAUCCGAGUUACGUCCGGCACAGAAGCAAGCAACAAUAAUAUCAAAAGCUAUCUAUUAAAUGGCAUGAGCCACCUCUACCGACUCGUCGAGGCAAUGCAGGAUAUGAUACAUGACCAAGAACGUGCCUUUAAGGAUGCCUGUGGACAGGAUGAUGUCCUGACUGCUCCACAAUACCUAGGUUCGAUGGGAAACUAUCUUGGUGAACUACGAACAACCAUGUCAUCGAAAGGACUUGGGUUAAUCAACAAGCAAUACUGUAUUGCUCGCAAAUUUCUGCCGACGGGGAAGAAUCCCUUCCCCGACUCUAUUGGACUUUGCGACGACGACUGUACGGUCUCUAUUGAGCUGGGAAUCCCAUGCUAUCAUAAAGUCUACGCAAAGCUAGAUUCUGACACACGUUUCACUAAAUGGGAGGUCCACCCACGCUGGCGACUACGGGAAUCGGCAUCUCAAGAUCCAUACCGACGAAUUCUUGACCCGAAAGUUGCCACUGCACUACGUGGAAGGCCAAAGAAUACAGCGCAGGUUAUCCCAGAAAGCCUAGCUAUUACAUCAAGUAGCCGAUCUGAUAAUCAACCAAGUGGGCGACGAGGUCGACCGCCAGGAAGUCUCAAUAAGCCAACUCUUGCUAGGAGAGUGCAUAAAGCUACUCGAGAAACCAUCACACAAACUGGUGGCCAAAUUGGCAUCUCAGCCCAGCAAGGGCCAGGUAGACCUUCUAAAGUCCUAAAUGCUGGGAAUACGACAGGCGUGCGGUACAGUGGACGGAGGACGCAACGAAACAUUCGCAGGACAAGGAGUCAAUGGGAACUGGCUAAGAGUGAUGACGAAGAUCCAGAUUGUAUCGUUGUGAGGCAAUAA